UGGGCCGUUACGGAAUGUUCGGGUGCGCCGGCAGGUAUUUGAGUUUCCACCAAUUAAGACUUUUGUGCCGCGGCUGUGCCCUGGGGUUGCAAUUGGUGAAAAACAGUUGGAGGGGUUUGCGACCUUGCGUUCCAACUGGGACUGCAUUGAUCUUCGUCGCGAGACUGGGGUUGUGACAAUUUUUGGUAUGCCAACACGAAAGGAAAGCAUCAUUCUUGCACUGAGGAAUUCAAUCAACUACAUGUCUGCCACGGAAGCUGUGUCACUCGUUGGGCAAGAGGUGCUUGUUGGCUUUCCGCACUAUCGUCGUGCCCGUGUCACGUCUAUCAGUGACAAGCGCAUAAGUGUCCGUGCUGUCAUGACGCAGGAUGGCGCUUUUUGUGGCACGGAGACCAAAGAACUGAACCGUGACGAGUCUCUCAAUUUCACGAAGGAGUGUGAUACACAUAUCCAGUACAUGAAGGAAAAACUUGGCAUUGCUGUGGACGGGAUUCAACUGCUCGUGUACGUCAACCUUUUUAGCACCAUGCGUCUUACUCGCAAGGGUCGUAUUGUUCGAAGUUUUUCAAAAGAUGAAGUUUGCUACGCCAUGCAACUCGUGGCGCGCCUGCAGGAUGUGGAAAUGAUAGAAGAUCUUCGUUAUGUGGAGCGUGACCGCGUUGAAGGGGAAAUGAGCCUCGGUAACAAAGUUGUUUUUAUUGGUCCCGAACCAAAGAACAAGAAAUCCCAAAUGCAAGUGUACGGCAGUGCUGGUUUAGUAUUUGAAUCCGCCUCAUCCAACAGUGACAUUUACGCCGUGGCAGUGCGGUUAUAUCAAGAGCCCCUUGUGAUUCCAUCAUCGCUGUUAUCAUUUGCCGCCCCACGCAACUGGAUGGCGCUGCAUGAGGUGGCAACGGAGCUUUCUGUGGGUUCUCUCGCCCUACGUUUAUUGGUUGGCUCACUGCGCACCACACCGCAGUACGGCUCACGUGAAUUGGGAUUGGGUCUCAUUUACGCACGUAACCAUCUUGCCCGUAUUGGCUACGCGAAACUUGUUCCGCGUCAGACGAACGCAUGGACACCGUACAAUGAAGAUGUCUUUGCAAGACUUGCGCAAAACGCGGAGCCUGCCGCCCACUACUUGGAUAGUGCCGGCAGGGGCGACUUUCUUGGCUGCUCAAGCCGUACGCCACAAUACACAACGUGGUUCUCGCGUGAAGCAGUUGCGCUAAUUCGUCGAUAUGUGGAGGAAUUCCAACCACUUGUUAAGCGACUGGAAAGUGGGACCGCCGCUCCACAGGCCCUGGAGCCGCCACAGUUUAUGACCGGAAAAUGGCAGGAGAUGGAGGUGGAUGAUGUGCUUACAGAGAUGGAGGCCUUCAUUGAUGCCUCUGGCAUCCGUGACGUGGCACUUAUCGCGGCCAGCGACGAUGCCUUUACUCGCGACCACCUGCGGGAGUUGGAGGAUGAGCUUGACCGACAACAGCCGCGCCCCACAAAGGAGCUUAUACUAAAUCCUGUGGUGAAACGCCACUUGUACUUCCCGCUCACGCAUAGCAGCGGUGGCCACAUUACCCAGCUGCCGCUGCCGCAGGAUCAGAUAUUUCGUCUCGGGGCACGCGUCGUCAACUGUCGAGCCGUCGGUUCUGUUCCGUUUGGUGCGGUAGGCACAAUAGUUAGGCUGCUUGCCACAAGCCACGAUGCAGAGGUGGUUUACGAUGAACCAUUCACAGGCGGAAGUCACUUUGAUGGCCGGCUGCGGCAGCCGCGCGGUGGUCUGUCAAAGUUGUCCUCGCUGCUUGUGCUCAACAGGCCUGGGGAUGAUGAUGGCGGCGGGGCCGCGACUGAGUCGGAACGCACCACCGUGUCCAUCCUUAGGGCCCUUAUGCAGAAGUCUCAACAACAACAACAACAACAGCAGCAGAAAAGGGGUUCAGUGCCGAUGGCCGAGAGCGUUUCGGUCAUUCCAAAGCCGCGCAGCGCAACGGAAGACGCGUCAGUGUCGAAGACGGUGACUGGAAUGGUGCCAGCAUCUGCCGCAGUCACAAUAUCCGGUGGUGCUGGCGGGAUAAGACUAUCGGAUCUUGUCGGGAAACUCAAGGCUUCGCCAGAGCAUAGCGACGCCGCAUCCAUCACGCCACCGACGGUCCCGGAGGAGCAAAAAGAUGCCCGUCCAUCCCCUGUUUCACUGAAGCCCCAAGUUGCCAUCACGACCAACACGUCUUCUGUUGCCGCGGGCAGCAACGACAAAAAGGGCAAUAAUGGCAACUUGGGUGUUAAUAACACCCCGCCACAGGUGGAGACCCGCACUUUGAUUCCUGUUCAGAGUGGCAUUGAAAAUAAUGCCGUUGUUGAGAACCGUCUUCAAAUGCAUCUGCGCAGUGGCGGCAGUCCCGAAGAGAAUAACAGUGGCAAGAGGCUAAAGAUGACGUUUACUGUCCCGCGGGAAAUUGCAAGCGGCGAGUUCACCAUUCGUCGCGGCGAGGCAGUGCCGUUUUUUAGGCGUUUGCUGAAGUUGCGCCUUUCUGAGGAGCUUGGCAAGACAACAACGCAUAGGUAA